UGCGCACAAAAAGAAAAAAUAUGUGGUUGACAAAUGCAACAGGUUUUUCACUCUCAAUUACAUGUAUUUCUGCAUUUGUUCUUCUUGCGACACUGUGGUACUUCAACAUCUUACGAAAGAGGAAAAAUGCAUUAUCCAAAGGAAGGGUGGUCCUGUUCACCCGCUUUCCAGAACCAGGCAAAACCAAAACUCGUCUGGUCGCCGAACUUGGCGAAGCUGGUGCAUCUCGUGCGCAAUUGUACAUGACAGAUCACAUGCUGAACAUCUUGGCCGAGUUCCAGAAAAGAAAAACGGACACAGCUGUUGAAGUGAAAGUAGCGGGAGGCAACGUCAGUCAGAUUGGCCACUGGCUGGACCGGAAGGGCUUCCCUCCUGAGAGAUUUAGCUGGUCAAUGCAGUGUGAUGGCCACCUAGGAACCAAGAUGGCUCAGACCUUUGAUAGUUCCUUCAAGAAGGGAAAUGAAAUUGCAGUUAUUAUUGGCAGUGACAUUCCCGCUAUUGACGCCGACAUACUGGACGCUGCUUUGGAUAAGUUGCAUCGCUCGGACUGCGAGAUGAUCCUUGGUCCUGCAAAAGACGAUGGAUACUAUCUGGUUGGCCUUCGGAAAGAAGUCAAGCACAAACUAGGUGAUCUGAACAGCUUAUUUGAAGGCAUAGAGUGGGGGACAUCCAAAGUACUCCAGCAGCAGUUGGAUGUGGCUUCUCAUUCCGGUAUCAAGGUAGAGCUUAUGUCACAAAUCCUGACAGAUGUGGACACACAAGAUGACCUAGGAGAGUUUGAGAGGGCAGUUGGAGUGAGUUUAACUGACUUAAAGAUGCCUGUUCUCUCUGUUGUAAUACCAGUGCUGAAUGAAGAAGCCAACAUCCAUGCUAUUCUCACUUGUAUCAAAGAGAACAGCUCCUGGCCGUCAUAUAUAGAGGUUAUCAUCUCUGAUGGAGGCAGUCUCGAUUGCACUGUGGAAUGUGUGGAUCAAUUUGCAGAAGAAAACCCAGAAAUGAAGAUCAGUGUUGUCCAAGGAGGUGCUGGCAGAGGCAGGCAGCUGAAUGCCGGAGCACGAGCAGCCACAGGUGUUAAUGUACUCUUUCUUCAUGCGGACACUAGACUCCCAUGGGCGUUUGAUCGUUACGUCCUCCUGACAUUGGCUGAACCUGGCAAUGUUGCAGGGGCCUUCAAUUUCAGUUUUGAUGUUCUUCAUUCCAAGGAGAAACACAGUCAGGAUAAAUGCAGCUGGUGGAAUAGAAAACAGCUGCAGAUUCUAGAAAGGCUGGUCAGGUUGAGGUGCAGAGUUUCAGAACUUGCCUACGGAGAUCAAGCACUUUUCAUGUCCAGGAAAAUCUUUGAUAAAGCUGGCAUGUUCCCACCGUUCCUUCUGAUGGAAGACUAUGCAAUGGUCAAGAAGUUGCAGAAGUUUGGACAUCUGAGAAUCAUUCAAGACGUGUCUGUGGUUACAUCUGCUCGACGCUUACUGAAGAAGGGAAUAAUCAAGACGGUGAUUAUUAACCGCUUGAUGAUGGUCGGAUACACCAUCGGUAUUGAUCCUGGUACAUUGGGUCGUUUCUAUUAUGGUUAAAGUAACACUUUGGUGAUACGCCUUCUUCAUACAUGCAUGUAUAUAUCACAGGAAUGCUGCUUAAAUUCUGAAAUGGCAUUCCAAGAUUUGGGUGAGAAGUUUGAUCAAAUUUUUAAGGUGCUACACAAUGUAUAUCUCUUCAAGCUUUCUCGAGCAAUUUUGGUGCAUGAAUAACAAUAAUUUGACUUGUGUGAAUGAGAGACUUUUUGGGACGCGAGAUGAAAACGGACUUGGAACAUGUAAAUUCUGCGCGUUCCUAGAGUGCUUUGAGACUUCAUUGUAAUUUUGCGCUACAUAAAAACGGUUUAUUAUUAUAAUAUGAAAGCAUUUACAUAGCGCCAGAAUCCGCCUAAAAAGGCGCCCUAGGCGCUUUACAGAUUAAAAGAAGUGUAAAACGUGAAGCCAAUAAACAUACCAAACUAUAUAAAAAACAACUGUGGUAUGCUUAGAACUUUGCAAAUAAUCAAAAGAUGAAUUGCAAACUUGGCUAAAUGAUUCCGGAAUACAAUGGUCCGAGUCGCUCAUGACAUUGUAUUUGUUAUUAAGUUGCUUGUUAAGUUGUUGUGAUGUGAACAUUAGUUUCCGUCAGUCUGUUUUAAGUGAUGGAACAUUAGAUACGCAAUAUAACAGUGCCUUAAAAAGGGUGCUCGGCAGUUUUUUGUUUUGUUUUGUUUUGUUUAUGUUUUUAUGUCUUUAUUUAUUCGGGGAUGACUGAAUGAUUAUACUAGUUCCUUAGUGUGCUUGGCAGUUUUUUUUUCGGUGAACACUGAAUAUUGGAGAAUAUAUGACUAGUAAUAUUUUUAGUAUUUUAUCACAAAAUAUUUUUUGUCAAAUCUUUUUUAAACAAUUGCAGCUGAAUCUAAUAUUUUUGUAUAAAAAAGUGUGUCAGAAAUGAUUAUUUAAUCUCUGUAGUGUUAAAAAGCUAAUUAUGACUGCUUGCAGCUUAUUUGUAAAUUUGUAAUAUUUACAUUCCUAGCAUAAAAAAAACUACUUUUAUUUUGGGAAUUAUUCGGUGAAAUGGUUCAGUGAGGAUGAAUGAUACCUUAAAUUAGUUAAGAUUUCAACUUUUUGCUUCUUUCAUUUCUAGUAUAAUUAUAAUUGUUCAAUAAAUUAAGUAAAAGCUAUUUAAAAGUUUUUGCGAAAAAUAUUUGCCCAGCUCUUUCAGAGUUUAUGUUUUAAUAAACUUAAUGUGAUGCGAGAUAAUACUCUUUAGCCAAAUACUUUAAAAAAAGUCACAUGACAGGUCGCUUGGCAUUUUUGCGCUUAAGCAAGACACUUCUGUUGAUGCUUCUCAUCACCCAUGAAUAAAUGUGUACCUGCGAGGGUAGAGACUGUUUUGGUAUGAAUGGUUAGCACGCUUGGUUGCUGGUGCUGCAUACUCCCAAGGAGUUGAGACUGUUUUCAGGUUUGGGCCAAAUUUGGGAAUCCGUUGUCCAAAUUUGAUGUAAAGUGAAAAAGCUGACUCGAAACCGGUAUCUAAAUGAAAAUUAAGCAGAUAUGUACCUUACAGUUGUAUUAGUUGAUGAAUGAUGAGUCAGUCAGGUAAUAUUGCUCAGUUCGUCUGUCAGUCAAUCAAUGAAUCAAUGGAACCAACCUUUUAGGAGAUUACAGUUUCUCUGAGGGUGCACGGGAAAAAUGAUAACUGAACAUUCAAACAGCGUUUUUUUACACAAUGGCACAAGAAAUUUAUUGCACGUUAUAUAGUGAUAAAAACAAUUUCCUUUACUCGGCUCAUUUACAUUUGUUGUGUUUAUAAUAAUUAUAUCAAUAGUAAGAUAUGGUGGCUAUUGCUAAAAAUCUUAUCCUAGUGUAUAGGGUUUAUAUACCUGUAUACAACAUAAAAGAGUGGUUUAAAAAAAAAAUGGAUUUUACACUCUUGUGAUUAACAACAAUCCUUUUUUUAUGGAAACUUUUUUUUAUCUGAUCUACUGUUACUAAAUAUUUAGAAAAAAAAAACAUAAUUUGGGACAAAAUACAUAAAUUUUAAGACAGCUUGUGAAUCAGUAUACAGAGCAGGGUUUUAUUCUCUCAAUUUUGUUAUACCAAGGAGAACCCUAUUUUGUAAGAAGCACCACAUAAUUAUACGUAUACUAGUGUGUAGAUGGAUAAAAGAAAAACACCAAACAUUCGAUUUCUAAAUGCAUAGAUUUCCUAUUGACAGUCGACAUGUUGGAAAACAUUGGGUCAUUUCAGAUAAUUUGGGGGUUACCCAUAGUUUGUAACCUGUAUCUAUAGACCCAUCUUCUUCAACACCAACUCCACCUUAAAUGAAACCUUUUGUAAUAUGGAGCCAUAAAAGUGAAAUCCCAGUGGGUGGAAUGGGCUACUAUCCGGAGCGUGGGUGAUACUAGUACAUGUACACACAUCCCCACGUAAGUAAAAUGGAUUGCCCUGUUGAGUUGUUACUAGUACCCAAAUCCCCACGUAAGUAAAAUGGAUUGCCCUGUUGAGUUGUUACUAGUACCCAAAUCCCCACGUAAGUAAAAUGGAUUGCCCUGUUGAGUUGUUACUAGUACCCAAAUCCCCACGUAAGUAAAAUGGAUUGCCCUGUUGAGUUGUUACUAGUACCCAAAUCCCCACGUAAGUAAAAUGGAUUGCCCUGUUGAGUUGUUACUAGUACCCAAAUCCCCACGUAAGUAAAAUGGAUUGCCCUGUUGAGUUGUUACUAGUACCCAAAUCCCCACGUAAGUAAAAUGGAUUGCCCUGUUGAGUUGUUACUAGAUACCCAAAUCCCCACGUAAGUAAAAUGGAUUGCCCUGUUGAGUUGUUACUAGUACCCAAAUCCCCACGUAAGUAAAAUGGAUUGCCCUGUUGAGUUGUUACUAGAUACCCAAAUCCCCACGUAAGUAAAAUGGAUUGCCCUGUUGAGUUGUAAUGUACACAUAGCCCCAUUGGGCAAAAUGGUCGCUACAUAAUAAUAGGGAUACCACAGCACGUAUAUAGGGGAAAUGGGUUGCUAAGUUGGGUGGAAAAAUAUACAGCCCAACUUGGUGAAAUAGGUUGCUCAGUAGGGUAGGAAUCUAUCCAUGUGAAAUGGGUUGAUCAACAGGGUAUUGGAUACCAAAUUGGGGGUUUCAAGCUUGGAUGAUAAUUCUGAUACAAUAUUAUUAUUGACUGAUAUACAUUGCUGGAUAUAUUUUUGUAAAUUUCCAUUCAUUAAAUACAACCAUAUCAAAAAUACCAGACAGUAAGGUUUACAUGUUUGUACGACAGCUGCGAACGUGACUAUACAAG